AUGUUUGCACGCAUCGCACACCUCCUUCAGUUCACUGCAUUCCAGAGUUGCGCCUACGGCAGCCGUCGUCCGAAGUGGACGGCCAUUGCGUAUACCCGGGGUGCGUUUGACUGCAUCUGCAAGUCCUGCCCUGGGCAGUCUUGCGCUCAACGUCACCUGCCGUGGGGGGUGGCGCCCGAGGCGCCUAACGGCUUCUCUACAUCGUUGGAAGCUGCGUAUCCGCUGCCACUGGCGCGUGCCCUCGCCCAUGCGUUCUUCCAGGCUUGCCCGCCCAAGCCGCCCUCACCUGCCGGGCUCCAGUUAUCUCUUGUCCGUGGCCAGGUCGGGAGUCAGCCAAAGGCCUCUGUGACGGGGCCCCGCGUGCCUGAGCAUGCUCGCAUUUUGCGAGUACGGGUCCCCCCUUCUGUCUCCUGUCCGGUGUCCCUGCGUGCCCGCCUUAAGGAUCCCUGGCCCCUACCCCACGUGGCCGUCUGCCCCGAGCGCUCGGUGCCUGCCGACGCCCAGCUGCUGCAAAUAGUCCCGGUUAAGCAGGGGAGUUCGAGCGCUGGUUCUGGAAACAAAGUUUGUGGUGCUGAUGCGGAGCUCUGGAACGAGCUUGUUUGGGGUAUCCCUUUCUCCCCGGAACAGUUUGUCCGCGAGGCGGUUAAAGCCGGCCAUCCCAGAACCCUAGAGGUCUCCCUGCCUCAAGUCCUCAAAGAUGCUGUGUGCACCCAUGCCUCGUUGUCCGAGUCGGAGUUGUGCGGGUUGAGAGCGCGCCAGUUUGCUAAGUGGCUUAAGCUUGCGCAGGACCUCAGGAGCGAGGAAGAAGCGCUGAAGGCCUCUAUGCAUAAACAGGUCGCUACGAUCCUAAAGCCCAAACGUCUCCUCUUGUGGAAGGCGAUGAUGGUUGAGGCUUCCUACGACGAUGUGUCCAUCUUCGAUGAAGUAAUCUCGGGUACUAACCUGGGAGGCCCGGUGCCCGAUACAGGCGUGUUUGCCCCGAAGUUCAAGCCGGCGUCAGUCACCGUUGACCAACUCAAAAGAGAUGCGCCCACCUCUAGGGCGGCUCUUUUGUCCACCAUCAAGUCUCAAGGGGAGGCUCUGGAUCGCGAGGUCCAGACGAAAACUCUCGAGGAGCGUGACAGGGGCUGGCUGUCAGGUCCCAUAGAGGUGGAUCAGCUGCCACCUGAUGCCAUAGUGUCACGACGGUUCGGGAUCGAGCAGGAUGGGAAAAUCAGAUUGAUUGACGACUUCUCGGGGUCGGGAGUCAACAGCUCCGUGGAGACGUCGGAGACCGUGCGCCCCCAGACCGUCGACGUCAUCGCAGGCUUGUGCCUGUCUCUGAUGCGAGCGCAACCAGGGUGUAGUCUCAAGGGAAGGUUCUAUGACCUGGUUAGUGCCUACAGGCAGCUGGCUUUGGACCCUGCAGGGGCCUGGGCUUCGUACAUUGGGCUGUGGGAUCCUGAUCUGAAGAGGGUAGUGGUGUUUCAGCUGCACGCACUCCCUUUCGGGGCAGUCAAGUCAGUGUCGACUUUUCUGAGGACCGUUAACUCGGUAUGGCACCUUGGCGCAUUCUUCUUCGCCCUUUGCUGGUCCCACUACUUUGACGACUUCGUGUCGGUUGCUAGAGGCUCGCAGGUGGCUAAUGUGCACCAAACAAUCACCUUGCUCUUCGCCCUGUUGGGUUGGGACCUGGCCCAAGGUGGGAAAAAGGAUGUGCCGUUUGCGGAAACCUUUUGUGCGUUAGGGGUUGACAUAGUGCUGUCGAGCGCCCACUUGGGUCGUGUGACCAUUUGCAACACGGAAAAGAGAGUUCAGCUCCUCGUAGAGACUAUGAAGCAGGCCCAGAAAGACCGACGCAUGAGUGCGCCUCAAGCACUCAAGCUAAGGGGUAAGCUCCAGUUUGCAAGUGGACAGCUGUUCGGGCGUCAAAGCAAGUUUUGCAUGCAGCAGCUUUCUGAUUACGCCCAUGGGGGUGCCCCUCCUGAUCUGCCGACGGAGUGCAUUGAUACUUUCACCUCGCUGGUCGACAUGUUGGACAGUGGACGCCCUAGGCUAGUCCAAGUCAACAAACAGCAAACCUGGUAUGUCUUCACUGAUGCAUCCUAUUCGAAGGAUGACCCCGUGCUGCCUUGUGGUGUUGGUGGUCUCUUGUUUGAUGAUAAGGGUGUGUUGGUUGCUGGUUUCUCCCACGCCCUUGACAGUGACGUCCGGAAGCUCCUGGGUGAGAUCAACAAAGACACGAUCAUAAUGGAGGCUGAGUUUGUUGCGGUGCUGCUUGCGUUCCGUCUUUGGGGCAAAAGGGUUGCGAACUCACCUGUUGUGGCUUUCAUCGACAACAACUCCGUCAGGGACAUUUUGAUCUCAUGCAGGGGCAGGUCCCCUACUGUGAAAAGCCUGCUUAAAAUGUUCGUGAGCUUGGAGGUGGAGUGUGAGUUCAUCCCUUGGUUCUCACGCGUUCCUUCCCCAUCAAACUGUGCGGAUCUCCCGUCGAAGCCCCCGGCUCAAGUCGUUUUCGUGUGCUCGUCUUAG